GGGUUGCUCUGGAUCCGCUGGUUCCGUAACAACAUCCCGUUGGCUUCCCUCAGGCGGCGGGACCUGUGUAGCCGCCUCCCCCGGAGCGCCUGCCCGCCUGGGCUCGCGCGCUCCACGGCUCGGGCCGCCAUGGCCACCAACCCGCAGCCGCAGCCUCCGCCGCCCGCGCCGCCGCCGCCGCCGCCGCAGCCUCAGCCUCCACCGCCGCCGCCGGGCCCUGGGGCUGGCCCCGGAGCGAGCGGCCCGGGCGGCGCGGGUGCCGGCGCCGGGGACCCGCAGCUCGUUGCCAUGAUCGUCAACCACCUCAAGAGCCAGGGGCUCUUCGACCAGUUCCGGCGGGACUGCCUGGCGGACGUGGACACCAAGCCUGCCUAUCAGAAUCUGAGACAGAGAGUUGACAACUUUGUUGCAAAUCACUUGGCAACUCAUACAUGGAGCCCUCACCUUAAUAAGAACCAACUGAGAAACAAUAUCCGACAGCAAGUUCUGAAAUCUGGAAUGCUGGAGUCUGGUAUCGACCGAAUUAUUUCUCAGGUUGUGGAUCCAAAGAUCAACCACACAUUCAGGCCUCAGGUGGAAAAGGCUGUGCAUGAGUUUCUGGCCACAUUGAAUCACAAAGAGGAAGCAACUGGCAGCACAGCUCCUGAUGAUGAGAAGCCGGACUCUUCCGUCAUUACCCAAGGUGUUCCUGCUCCUGGGCCCAGUGCUAAUGUAGCCAGUGAUGCCAUGUCAAUCUUGGAAACCAUAACUUCUCUUAACCAAGAAGCUAAUGCUGCCCGAGCUUCAACAGAAAUGUCAAAUGCCAAGGCCAGUGAGAGAGUACCCAGAAAACUCUCCUCUCAGCCCAGCACUGACGUCAGCACUGACAAGGAGAGAGGCUCCGAGGAUGGGGCUGAUAGAGAAAAGGCUACCCCUGAUUCUGGAGCCGAGGGGAUAGAAACCGCUCCCAAGUCAGAAGAACCUGGCGAUCUCCCUUGUCCAGUGGAAGAAACUAGAAAUCACACCAAAGAGAAUAGCUUACUUUUCCUGAGUAAGGAUGCUCUGCAGGAAAGCAGUGACCAAAAAAAUAAAUCAGUGGACAAAGGAGAAAAGAAACCAGACAGUAGUGAGAAAGGAGAAAGGAAGAAAGAAAAGAAGGAAAAGACUGAAAAAAAGCUUGAUCACGGCAAAAGGAGUGAAGAUACACAGAGAGUGAAAGAUGAGAAACAAGCAAAGGACAAGGAAGUGGAGAGCACAAAGCUUCCUUCUGAAAAGGUCAACAGCAGAGCCAGGGCUGCUGAGGGGCCGAAAGAAGAUUGCUCUUUGAUGGAUUCUGAUGUGGAUGGUCUCACUGACAUCACAGUUAGCUCUGUCCACACCAGUGACCUUUCAUCUUUUGAAGAAGACACAGAGGAGGAAGUUGUCAUGUCUGAUAGCAUGGAAGAAGGAGAGAUUACUUCAGAUGAUGAAGAGAAAAACAAACAGAAUAAAACAAAAACUCAAACCAGUGACUCUAGUGAUGGAAAAGCCAGAAGUGGACGGCAUGCUUAUGUUCACAAACCUUAUCUUUACUCAAAGUACUACAGUGAUUCUGAUGAUGAACUCACAGUAGAACAACGGCGGCAGUCCAUUGCUAAAGAAAAAGAAGAGAGACUUUUAAGAAGAAGAAUCAAUAGAGAGAAACUUGAAGAAAAACGAAAGCAGAAAGCAGAGAAGACAAAGUCUUCCAAAGUGAAGAGCCAAGGCAAAAGUAGUGUGGAAGUAGAAGAGUCAUCAGCCAAGAAUUUGGAACUGAAAGCCCCAAGAAUUAAAGAAGUCCUUAAAGAACGAAAAGUUUUAGAGAAAAAAGUAGCCUUAAGCAAAAGAAGAAGAAAAGAUUCCAGGAAUGUUGAUGAGAAUUCCAAAAAGAAACAGCAGGCUGAGGAAGAGUCCAAAGAAGCCCUCAAAACAAGUGAGCACUGUGAAAAAGAAAAGGCUUCCUCCAAAGACCUGAAACAUGCUCAUGGAAAAAGUGAACCAAGUAAACCUCCCCGGAGGCUUUCAGAAUCUCUGCAUUCAGCUGAUGAAAACAAAAUUGAAUUGAAAGUAGAAAGAGAACAUAAGCGACGAACAUCCACCCCUGUUGUAAUGGAAGGAGCUCAGGAAGAAACAGAUAUGAGAGAUGGAAAAAAGCCAACAGAACGCUCAGAAGUUAAUGUGGAUGAACCCCCAAAACAGAAAAGCACCCUUAAAAAUGAAAAGUAUCAAAAGAAAGAUGAACCUGAAACACAUGGGAAAGGCCUGCCUAAAAAAGAGACAAAGUCCACCAAGGAGAAACCUGAGAAAGAGAAAGCUCAGUCAGAAGAAAAAUUGUCUUCAAAACACAAAUACAAAGGCGACACUCUGCAUAAAGUAGGUGAUGAGACUGAACUUCAUUCUUCAGAGAAAGGUUUAAAAAUAGAGGAAAAUGUUCAGAAACAAAGUCAUCAAACUAAACUUUCUUCAGAUGAUAAAACUGAACGUAAAAGUAAACACAGGAAUGAAAGGAGAUUGUCAGUAUUGGGUAAAGAUGGAAGGCCAGUUUCUGAAUACACUAUAAAGACAGAUGAGCAUGCACGUAAAGAUAACAAGAAGGAGAAGCACCUCCUGUCUGAAAAGGCUAAGGCAGAGCACAAGUCAAGAAGGUCAAGUGACGUUAAACCGCAGAAAGAUGGCGUAAGCUCCAAGCAGCACAGUGUUACAUUGCAGAAAAGAAGCGAGAGCUGUUCCGAAGAGAAGUGUGAGUCAGACUCCACUAAUGCCGAGAGCAGUUUAAAGCCUGAAGAGCUUCAUAAAGAGAGGCGAAAAAUGAAGAGCUCGUUAGAAGAGAAACCUGUGGUAAAGUCUAAAUCAAAAGGUCAAGGCAAACAAGUAAAAGUUGCUGAAACAGACUCACAAGAAGGUGUCACAAAACAGGUGGCAACACCAAAGCCUGAUAAGGAGAAGAAUACAGAGGACAAUGACCCAGAAAGGCAGCGCAAGUCCAAACCCGAAGACAGAUCUUUAGAAGAACCUGUCACUGAACCCGCAUUAGAAAAUGCUGCACCUUCAGCACAUGGUGCCCAAAAGGACUCUGGUCACAAAGCUAAAUUACCAUUGGUAAAAGAGAAGCAUAAAGCCGAUAAAGACUCAGCCUCCUCCAAACUUGAGAGGAGGUUCUCAGAUGGGCACAGAAGCAGAAGCAUAAAGCACAGUACUAAAGACAUGAAAAAGAAAGAAGAAAAUAAACCAGAUGACAAGGAUGCUAAAGAAGCUGACAGCAGCCAUGAAAGGGGCAGAGGGAGUGGCUCAGUCAUAGAAAAGAAAUUAAGUAGAAGGCUGUGUGAAAACCGGAGAGGAAGCAUAUCACAGGAAAUGACCAAGGAAGAUAAGUUAGCAGCGACCAUUUUAGGUGCUGCCAGUAGUUCUUCCCUGCAGAGACCAAAAAAAUGCGGUGAAACCAUGUCGACCCCUGAACAAGAGCCAAUGGAAAUUGAUUCUGAGGCAGCUGUAGAAAAUGUGCCUGAACUUUCCAAAACCCAGGACAUCAGCAGUUAUAGUUCUCAGCAAGAUACUGACUUCGAAAAUGUUACAAAACUUAAAGCUGCUGCUGGGGUUUUAAAGGAUGAGUUAAGAACUUCCAUGGCAGAUUCAAAACCAGCAGCUGUGACCUGCAAAUCAGGGCGUGUUACUAGCAAUUCUGAAAAGCAUGCUGACCAUAAAAGCACCAUAACCAAGAAAGUGCAUCUCCAAAGUGCUCCAUCGAAACCAACUAGGGAGAGAGAGUCAGUUCAGCGAGGAACACAUGACAUAAAUGUGGACUCUGAAGGGAGUCGGAGAGGGCCCUCUAGGGCCCCAUCAGACAGUGAGAAGGCACAGAAGAAUUUGAAAGGCACAUCCAGGGCCACUGAAGAAUGCGGCCCUCAAAGGGAUGCUUCUUUUGAAUGUUCUACAAACUCGGACCUCUCAUCACCCUCAGGCUCCACUGUUGUACCUCAGAAAGAAUCACAUGACUCAAGUACAAUUCCUAUAGUUGACAGAGAAACCAUUUCGGAAGGUGGCACAGCUGGCACCUCCCUUGUAAAUCAUUCUGAUAGCCCUAACCAAAGUUUGACUAUUAAGAAGUCAGAAGUCCAUAAGACAAAUGGCAGCAAAGAAGGGAGUGAUGGCUCCAUAGUAGAUAUGCCAUCAAAAGCAAACAUCAGUAGCAAAAGGCACCUUUCUGAAGAUGGCCAGACUGCAUUGCUGUACAGUAAAGAAGGCAAAGCUAGCAUACCUCUUGCUGGCAAGUCAAUGGGCAUGACUGUGGAAAAUAAGAAUGUUAGCAAGCAAAGGAACUUGAUGGGCACAGCCAAAAAAGAGAGUGAUCUGAAUGUAGCGCCUGAUGUAAAACAAGACAGUGCUGCAGUUGAGAAUGUGGUAGACCUGAGUACAGGAAAGGAGGCUGAAACAGUCAGACGUAAGCAUAACAGGGAUCCAGAUGAAAGUAAAACAAUACCAACUGAUGUUGAAAGGAAAACUGAAAACAAUGAGGUAGACACCAGUGCUAGACGUGAUACUGCCUCUAUGUCACAGCAAAGGCCUGGGAAAAUGGAGAGGGCAGCAACUGGAUCUGGUAGACGAGACAAAGCUUUCAUUGCCACUAGUACUGAAGGGAAGGACAAAGGCAUUAUGUUAAACCCGGCCAAGGCUGGGGAUGCUACCACAACUUCAUCAGAAACAGGAGAGAAGGGAAUGGCCUUACCUUGCACCAGUAUUGAGGCAGAUGAAGGUUUCACAAUGGGUUCAUGCCCCAGAAACCAUCCCCUUCAGGUUGGGGCAGAAGCCAGUGAGUGCACUGUUUUUGCUGCAGCUGAAGAAGGUAGGGGUGUUGUCACAGAAGGAUUUGCUGAAAGUGAGACUUUGCUCACAAGUUCUAAAGAAGGAGAAAGUGGAGAGUGUUCUGUGGCUGAAUCAGAAGACAGAGUAGCAGGUCCCUUGGCAGCUCAUACAGUUCAAACUGAAGCUAAUGUGAACAGCGUUACAACAGAGGAAAAAGAUGAUGCAGUAACCAGUGCAGGCUCUGAGGAAAAGUGUGGCGGCUCUUCAUGUACAGUUGAGGGGACUGCUGCUUUUAUUGGUGAAGUUGAAAGUGAUGGAGCCGUUACAAGUGCUGGAACAGAAAUCAGAGCAGGAUCUGUGAGCAGUGAAGAUGUAGUUGGGUCCCAAGAAAAUAGAACACAAGUUAGUCCUAAAAAAGAAACAGAAGGCACUGUGACAUGCACCGAAGCCAAAGGAAGAAGUGAUAACUUCAGUUUCUGCUUGGUGACUGCAGUGGGAUCCCAAGAGCAACGCAUAGUUACAGGUGCAGAUGUAGCGCAAGUAAAUGAUGAUAAGCCUCGAGAGGCAAAUGCCAACCAAGGAGAUGGUUCUGGAAAUGAUGGAACAGAAGGUGAGAGUGCAGUCACCAGCACAGGCAUUACAGAAGAAGAUGGGGAAGGGUCAGCAAAUUGCACAGGCUCAGAAGACAGCAGUGAAGGCUGUGCCAUAAGUUCUGAAACAGAAGAAAAUGCAGAGAGUGCAAUGGACAGCACAGAGGCCAAAGACAUUACUAACGUUCCUUUGGUGGCUGCUGGUCCCUGUGAUGAUGAAGACAUUGUGACCAGCACAGGUGCAAAAGAAGAGGAUGAUGAAGGAGAGGGCGUUGUGACUAGUACUGGAAGAGGAAAUGAAACUGGACAUGCUGCAACUUGCAUAGGGAUUGAAGAAAGUGAAGGAAUGUUAGUUUGUGAGAGUGGAGAAGGGGGUGAUCAGAUUGAUCCUACAGUGGACCAUGUGGAUGCUGAGGCUGGGGCAACUACCGUGAAUACAAAUGACAGUAAUGUUGAUAGUAUGAGUGGUACCGAGAAGGAAAUCAAAGACACUGAUAUCUACUCCAGUGCCAAAGGGAUUGUGGAAAGCAGUGUGACCAGUGCCUUUGCAGGAAACAGUGAUGGGCCACCAGUUCUAGGUGGGAGUGAAGGUCCUGUGGCUAGUGCAACAUCUCAUCACAAUGAUAGUCAGCUUACCAGGAAAGAAACUGUGGAAGAUACAACUAUUUCCACUGGAUUAGUGAGGGGUAGUGAUGAUGUUCUUGUAUCUGGUGCGGUUCCAGAAUGUGAAGUUGGCCACACGUCACCCACAGAAAAAGAUGAAAGUAUCAUCACUUCUGUAGAAAAUGAAGAGUGCGAUGGCCUUAUGGCUUCUACAGCCAGUUCUGAUGUUUCCAACAAGGACAACUUAGCUGGGAGUAAAAGUCAAGGCAAUGGCUUGAUGAUUUCUACCAGUACAAAUGAUUGCACCCUUCAGGCAAGUGCGAUUAUAGACGUGAGAAGAGGGCAUCUGUGUACUCUGGGCACUGAAGAAAAUAUGGAAGGCACAAGAAUGCACAUGGAAGGAUUUGAGGCUCCUAUGCCCAGUGCAAUUUCAGGUGAUGAGAGCCAACUCGCUUCUGCUAGCAGAAGUGAAGAGAAGGAUGAGUGCGCCAUGAUUUCCACAAGCAUAGGGGAAGAAUUCGAAGUUCCUAUUUCCAGUGCAGUUACCAUCAUGUGUGCUAAAAGUGAGCAGUCAGUUACAGCAGCUGAGGAAAGCACCACAGGUCCAGUGUUGGUAAGCACCGAGGACUUUGAGGUACCUAUGCCUAGUGCUGCCACUGAAUCUCAAAGUCCUCUUGCCUCAACCAGCAAGGAAGAAAAGGAUGAGUGUGCUCUCAUUUCGACCAGCAUAGCAGAAGAAUGUGAAGCCUCUGUCUCUGGUGUAAGUGAAAAUGCACCGUCUGUUACAGAUGGGAAUGCAGUCAUCUCAACAAGUUCAGUGGAAGACUGUGAAGGCUCUGUGUCCAGUGCUGUCCCCCAAGAAGCAGUCUGUCCCUCAGUCACACCAGUAGAGGAAACCGGUGACACCGCCAUGAUUUCCACAAGCACCUCUGAAGGACGUGAAGCAGUCAUGAUUGGUACUGUCCCUGCAGAUGAAGGCCAGGCCACCACUGUGAGAGGGGAAGAUUUGAGUGAUGCUGCCAUUAUCUCUACCAGCACAACAGAGUGUGUGCUCAUGUGCACUAGCCUAAGCAGACACAAAGAGAGUCAGCCAGCCAUGCACAACCCAGAAGGAAAUGGUGGUCAUUUAGCUACAAAGCAAAGUAAAUGUGAACUACCCAUGCCUAGCCUCAUGGCUGAGAGUAACUGUCAGUGCCCUGGGCCAUUCACAACAGUCAAAGAAGUGGGCCCCUUGGUGGCAGUGAGCACUAGGGGGGAGCAUGACAGGCUGCCAGCCUGUGAGCCAUCUGUAGGACAAGGCCAGCCAGGUACUGCUUCAUGCAUAGGAGAGGAAGAGAGGCAUGGCAAGGACUGCCCUGGCCAAGACCUCACUUCAAAAGAAAGGAGUACAUUGCUGAGCUCUGUUCAGAGGGAGAACAAAAAUGCAGAGGCAGAGGUAGCAGGGGACAGUAGCACAGCUAGUAGUAUAGCAAGAAGGGACUCAGAGAGGAGUGCAAACUCAGUGUCUGACAAAUUGUCUGAGACCAGCCGUCUGAAAGGACCAGAACAGGUGUCUGCUGAGGACUCCUCUGGCAGUAGUCACUGUCUGGCAGCAGUAAAUACUGGUGCUAAAACUGAUGACAUGCUGCCCAUCAGAGAUGCUGCAUCCGAUUAUCCUUCUGACCAGCAGGCACCUGAGAACAGCUUGAAAACUACCACCAGAUGUAUUACAGGCCAAGAGUCAAAAAUGGCUCCUUCCCACACAGCAGUCCUUAUAACUGCCUGCCAUGUAACUCCAUCUACUCUAGAACAGGAGGGGGACUUGAUUGCAAAAAGUGGCCACAGAAGUACAUGGACUACUGAAAGGUCUGCUGAGAAUAUGGGACACAUUCCUGGUACAAGACCGUCACUCCACAGGGAAGGAAACGUUGAUGUCACUGUACCUCCUGAGGAGAAUGCGUGUGGCAUAGUUUCAUUAGGCAAUGUGGAGUCGCCACCAAAGGGUAUAGGAGAAUCAGGACUGUCAGCCAACUUGACAACAGAGACAUCUGUGCAUUCCGAGGAUGUUACAAAUCAUGGAGUUGCAGCAACAUCUGAAAACCCCUGUGUUGGAAGACCAAGUGGAUCAGGUGAACAGGUGAAGGAAGCUUCAUUGGUGAGUAAAUCACAAAAUGUUGAAAAUUCAGACUCAAGAAUCAAUGAAGAAAUUCACUAUGAAUCUCAAAACCGAGGAGAAAUACUCAGUGGUAAAGAGGACCUCACAGAAGCCCUAAGCAGUUGCAGCGUGGAGGCAGAUCCUGAAGAGGUUGAAGAGGAAGAAAGGCACAUGUCUAAAAGAAACAGAAAGCAGCAUUACCCCUCCUCAGAAGAUGAACUAGAUGAUAGCCCAGAUGUCCUGGUUUCCAGAAUAGAAACAGCACAGAGACAGUAUUCUGAGACUGAGCUGCAUGACACAAAGGAAGAAAACUCUGGAGAUCUGGAGGAGUUCUCUAAAACAAGUUCAAAGACAGACAGCACUGCUCUGGAAGACAGAGAUGACUUUAGCAGCAGUGAGGGUACAAGCGAAAGGACUGAGCUGAAUGAAGAUGACAGUGUUAAGUCACAGGAGGAUGAUCAGCCGAUCAUUAUUAAAAGGAAAAGAGGAAGACCUCGCAAAUACCCUGCAGAAACUGCCUUGAAAAUAAAAGAAGACUUCAAAACGGAGACUGACAUUAGCUCUGUAGAACAGUCUCCGCCUAGCAGCAAACUGAAAGCCAGCCAAGCAGAUGAGUCCAAUAAAGAAACAGCCGACCUACAAGAAAAAAGUACAAGUAAUGAUGAUAGUGAAGAAAAAAUAGCAAGUAUGCGUCGGAGAGGAAGAAAGCCCAAACGCUCGUUGACUUCAUCAGAUGAUGCAGAAUUCUCAGAGCCAGAAAGAAAGCGCCAGAAAUCAGUUUCUGAAACAUCUGAGGACAAAAAAGAUCAGGAGUCUGAUGAGGAAGAGGAAGAAGAGGAGGAGGAUGAGCCCUUGGGAGCCACCACGAGGUCCACUACCAGAUCAGAGGCACAGAGAAAGCAUCAUAGCAAGCCAUCUACACGUGCAACAUCCAAACUUGGCAUCCCAGAAACAGUUUCUCCUAGAAAUCGCCAAAAGUUAGCAAAAGAGAAGUUACCUACCAGCGAAAAAGUUAGUAACUCUCCCCCAUUAGGAAGAUCAAAGGCACAGCUCUCCCCAUCUGUCAAACGCAAGAGAGAAGUCAGCCCACCUGGAGCUCGAACAAGAGGCCAGCAGAAAGUGGACGAAACGCCUCUGAAAAAGGCGAAGCGGUAAUACUGACUGCCCUGACCCUGGCUUCCUGAAGAACAACCCAGUGGAGAGAAAAGGGACAAGCCUCGCCCCAUGGGCUUUUUCUUUUUUAAAACAAGAAAAAGAUUUGCAUGUGCUGUAAGUUCCUAGGUGCAAGCUUGUUCUUAUGUUUUAAACAACUUUAUAAACUAUUGUUCAUAGAUGGUAUUAAUGUACAUUCACUUCAGAUAAAGGAAGAUAAGUUUACUUUGUAUCUGAACUCAGCAAAGUAGGUGUAUAUUUUAACAGUGGAAAUUGGGGUUUCCCAAUGUGACACAUCACUAAUGCAAACCUUCCAGCCCAUCAGACACCAGGCUGCCCCCUGGAGAUCUGUGUAUAGUAUAUAAACAUGUAAAAAUAGGCUGUAUUUUACUCAAUGUAUGAUGCUAAUCAAUGAACACUUUAUUUAUUUUACAGAGAAAUCUUAUCUGUGAACUUUACUAUAUAUCUGUUUAUUUUAUUUUAUUAUUUUUUUUAAAUAAAAAAAGGGUUUUAAAUGCUAUGCAGUCAUUAGUAGAAGAGUUCUAGGACUCUGCCUGCCCUGUAACUAUCUGCAUACAGCCUGGCAGGAAACAGAAAUUCACGCAUGCAUCCAAGAAAAGUAGUUUAGGUGAAGAAUGGACUCCACUGCUUUCCGUCCACAGUCGUGACUGUUUUUUAAGAAUGUAACUUGUUUUUCAGUAACCCUUGCCUCUGUGGCUUUACCAUGAGCUCCAUUAACAUAAACGACUGCUUCCGGUAAAGUUGCAUCCUACACCCUCUGCGGGUUCAUUCCUCUCCUUUGUGCUGUUCCCACACCUCUGCCAUCUCCAUACUGUCUGAAGAGAAAUGCUUGAAGAUGAGAUUGCACCAGUCUGUUCAGCUUCAAGAUGUCAUGUUGUUUUAUACAAUUAUUUCAGGAUAGAAACUGGUUUUAUCACCAGGUUCUUUUUUAAACAUGUUUUAACUCCCAUGAUGAACAAACUGUCCAACUUAAGUUUUUCAUAAAAUAACGUUUUCUGAAGAUCAGAUCUGUUUCUUGCAAUGAUAUGAGUUGCCAAAUGAUUGAGAUCAUUUUAAAUGCUCUGUUCAUACUCUUGUUUUAUAAUUAAAAUUUACAUUCAUUGUG